AUGAGAGAGUUCCCACGCCUCAAUGUUGCACACGGCCUGAAGAGCUCGGCUUUGCUGACCCCGGUGCCCCCUCCCCCGAGGCCGGGUGAGCUCUCACGGGCGACUCGACGCCAAAAAAGAUCCCAGCCGCCAAAGAGCACUGCCCGUAUAGGAAUGCUAUUCCCGGGGCCCUGCUACUGGUCUGUUUCAGAGGAAGAUUUCCCAGAAAUGAGGCAAAAGCCCCAGCCCCUCCAUGGCGAGCCUUGCGCACCCUCCUCCCCGCAGGGAACCCGCUCAGGUGCCUCAGGCCCCAUUGAUCUUCCAUUUCCAAAAAGUAAUUUUUUCUUUCUUCUCUUCUAGUUGCCCAUAUUGGCAUCAUCUGUUGUUAGCCUCUAUUUUCUUGAACUUACUGAUGUCUUCAAGCCAGUUCACUCUGGAUUUAAUUGCUAUGAUAAGAGUCUGAGUAUGCCAUACAUUGAACCUACACAAGAGUCUGUUCCCUUCUUGAUGUUGCUUAGUCUGGUUUUUGCUGGACCAUCAAUUACGAUAAUGAUAGGAGAAGGAAUUCUCUACUGUUGCCUGUCCAAAAGAAGAAAUGGGAUUGGAACUGAGGCCAAUAUUAAUGCAGGAGGAUGCAACUUCAAUUCUUUUCUUAGAAGAGCUGUCAGAUUUGUUGGUGUUCAUGUGUUUGGCCUUUGUUCUACUGCUCUUGUUACUGAUAUUAUACAACUAUCAACAGGAUAUCAGGCACCAUAUUUCCUGACUGUUUGCAAGCCAAACUAUACAUCCUUAAAUGUAUCCUGCUCAGAGAAUUCAUAUGUUGUGGAAGAUAUUUGCUCAGGAUCUGAUCUCAGUAUUAUCAAUGCUGGAAGAAAGUCAUUCCCGUCUCAACACGCCACCUUGGCAGCCUUUGCAGCAGUGUACAUUUCGAUGUACUUCAAUUCUACGUUAACAGACUCCUCAAAACUUCUGAAACCACUCUUGGUCUUUGCUUUUAUCAUCUGUGGAAUUAUAUGUGGUCUGACUCGUAUCACCCAGUAUAAGAAUCACCCAGUUGAUGUUUACUGUGGCUUUCUCAUAGGAGGAGGAAUUGCUCUUUAUUUGGGUCUGUAUGCUGUGGGGAACUUCUUACCAAGUGAUGAGAAUGUGUUUCACCAGAAUUUUCACAGAGAACCUCUAAGGUCUUUGACAGACCUCAGUCAAGAUGCCAACAGAAUCCUGCCAGGUAAAAAUGGUAGCAGCAGUGACGGCAUUGUCUCUCACCGUGCAGAAGGUAUCCUGAACAGGAACCACAGAGAAUCAGGCUCUCUGACCAAUAUCAAGAGAGCAAAUGCUGAUGUAGAAAUAAUAACACCACGAAGCCCAAUGGGAAAGGAAAAUAUGGUUACUUUCAGCAACACUUUGCCAAGAGUCAAUACACCAUCCUUGGAAGAUCCAGCAAGACGAAAUGCAACAAUACAUGCAUCAAUGGAUUCUGCCCGUUCCAAACAGCUGCUUUCCCAGUGGAAGAACAAGAAUGAAAGUCGAAAGUUGUCACUGCAAGUAAUAGAGACUGAGUCUGGCCAGUCACCACCAAGGGCUAUUGAAAUGAGGUCAAGCUCAGAACCCUCCAGAGUGGGGGUAAAUGGUGAUCAUCAUGGCCCAACUAGCCAAUACCUGAAAAUUCAGCCUGGCAGUGUACCAGGCUGUAACAACACAGGUCUUUCUGGUGGGCCAAGGGUCUCUAUUCAAUCACGUCCUGGCUCAUCCCAGCUAGUGCAUAUUCCUGAAGAAACUCAGGAGAAUGUGAACACAUCACCCAAAAGUAGUUCAGCUAGAGCUAAAUGGCUGAAAGCUGCCGAGAAAAGUGUUGCAUGUAGAAGCAAUAGCCAGCCAAGAAUCAUGCAAGUAAUAGCCAUGUCUAAGCAGCAAGGAGUGCUUCAGGGCAGUCCAAAAAGUUCAGAUGGAAGCACAGUCACCUGUACAGGAGCCAUCAGAUAUAAAACUUUGACAGACCAUGAGCCAAGUAGCAUUGUCAGAGUUGAGGCCCAUCCAGAAAAUAACAGACCUGUAAUUCAGAUGCCAUCAGAAGGUGAAGGAAGUGGGUCAUGGAAAUGGAAAGGUCCUGAAAAAAUCACCCUUCGUCAGACAUAUGAGCUAAAUGAUCUUAACAGAGACUCUGAGAGCUGUGACUCCUUAAAAGACAGUUAUGGGUCAGGUGACAGGAAAAGGAGCAACAUAGAUAACAGUGAGCAUCACCAUCAUGGAAUCACUACAAUAAGAGUCACACCAGUAGAAGGAAGUGAAAUUGGCUCAGAGACUCUGUCCAUUUCUUCUAGCCGGGACUCAACGCUUCGAAGAAAAGGGAACAUCAUUUUAAUCCCUGAGAGGGGAAGCAGUCCAGAGAACACCAGAAACAUCUUCUAUAAAGGCACAUCUCCCACACGAGCAUACAAGGAGUGAGGGGAGACAUAUCAGCUGGUCCGUACCACCACAAAGUAAACACAUCUUAACACAGGUUCGGCUCUCUACGUUUUGAGCUGAUACUUACCUUUGAUGUGCCAAUUUAUUGACCAGAAGCCCAACUGUUGUUAAACACUGCUGGUGUGCAACGUGUAUGAACCUGUGGAAAGCAUGUGGUGGGGGAAAAGCACAAUGCCAGCACCUAACUAAUGUGAAACAUUUUCAUGCAGCUUGUUUCUUCAGACUCAAAACGUUUAUCUGAGGGUGAUGAUGUCAAUCAAAACAAUGGUCUUGAACACAGACACUUUAUUUCCUGAAUGUGCCAACUUUCUGUUUUAUUUAUAUUUGUGUCCAAAAUCAGCUGAAUUUUUCACAGCAAAGGCUGUAUCAGUGGUAUAUAUUCAACUUUGCAUAAUUUGCACCAAAUCUUUAAUACAGGAUGGUGCUGAUGAUAACUUUACAUGUUUUGAAAAAUUGCAUACUUAUUAGAAUCUACAAACACAUGACGUAUUGAUGUGCAGUUACUUUUAAAAGUAUAUUGUUAAAACUAUGAUAAUGCUGGCUGCAU